CCUAAUAAUAGGCAGUGCGCUGAACUCUUCCCAGGGGUAUUCUUCUUUUACUGGAUUGCGAUGACGAUCCGGUGAUUGCGAUCACAGUCGAGUAUUGUACUAAUACAAGGUUUUCUGUCAAGAUUGUUCCUGGAGUAUGCGAUGAUUGGUUUUCUACCAUGUCACAUUGUUUCGAGAACGGAAGCGCUCUUCAUUAGCACCAUGCAGGUACUAGUAGUAUACGAGACACUACGUAUAACAAAGAGAUGUAACCAACCUUUCAGGGAGACUUAGGAGAUGUCGAUACUUAUAUUAGGUGAAUUGGAUCAUGGGGCAUCCUGUGCGUAGCUGUCACUUUUUCUUCACUCGAAUUCCCUUCCGAGAGCCGGGGACUCCGUAUCUAUCCUACCCAACUCUACGAGUGAAAACCUUUUCUGCAUCGUCAGUUGAUCGGCUACUUGCUCCUGAUCUCCAGGAGGUUGUUGCUCAAAGACAUGGCGGUACCUCUUCGCAAAAAGGUCCAAAUUGCAGCAAGCUUGAUACUGACUAUCGUUGGGCUAUCAAUCAUUCUAUCGCCUACAGAUCACAUACCCACACCCGCAUCUAUACGAGCCACAAGUCUCUAUUCUCAAAGUCAUUACUCGCAUCGAGGAAAUACCAAGUAUAGGCGCGAUAUUGCCGUCGCAACGUUCCUCACUGGAGAAUCGGAAAGCUGGAAGUAUCAGGAGGAUGGCAACUAUCUGAUCGCUACUCGGACGCUCACUUAUCAGCUACGGCACUCGCCGCGAACGCGUCUCGACCCUUCCAUCCCGUUCCUCAUUCUCGUAACGGAUGAUGUGAGUGCGGCCAGCCGUGAGAGGCUCACAGAAGAUGGAGCAAUUGUCAUCCCCGUCGAUAAGGUGCAGACCAACCUUACCGUGACAGAGCCUCGAUGGAAGGACUGUUGGACGAAGUUGCGAUUAUUCGACCCAAACAUUGUUCCGUAUGAAAGGGUCCUCUUCAUGGACGGAGACACUGUCCUGACGAGACCGAUUGAUGGUGUUUUCGAUGACCCUGCUGCCCAAUUCAUGUACAGUCAGAAAAACGGGGACGAAAUAAAGCCAGACGAACCACCGCUUCCUGAACGCUAUCUCUUCGCAGGGAAGACCGAAGCGGGCACAUACGAGCAUUCAUUCCCGCCCGAUACAAGCGGAAAUUAUCUCAACGCUGGAUUCUUCCUCUACUCGCCUUCCCACGAAAUCAUGCAUUAUUACAUGUCGGUGCUCUCGAUCCCAGACAGAUUCGACCCGAUGAUGCCCGAACAGAAUCUCUUGAACUAUGCCCACCGCCAAGAAGGAAACAUGCCUUGGCAAAAGCUUAGCUAUACCUGGAAUAUGAACUUUGUGACCCCUCAGGAUAUGGAGGGAGGCGUGGCUUCUCUGCAUGUCAAAUCGUGGGAUAAAUCGCUACAGCAAGAGGUAAUUGAUUAUGCGCUGCGGUGUCGAUGGGAGAUGGAAGGCUUCUGGAUAGGUGUCAAUGCGACCAGAGAGAACUUAUAACAGAUGGUUAUUUCUUUUCGUGGCGCAACAGGGCCGCGUUCUCUCUUUUUCUCUCCUUUCUUUUCUUUCUUUUUCUCUUCUCUUUUCCCCCAUAACUGAGUAUUUUUUGGAUUUUUAAGCGAAGGAGUCUGGAAUUGGUUCAAGAUCAGAUUUUUUGGAAACAGUUCACUAUAAGAACAUUUGGCUUUGUAUUAUUUCUUUGCGCUAUUUCUGCGUAAUACUCUUGAAGUCUCGACUCGACUAGUGGACCGAUUGUGAACAGUCAUGUUGAUUGGAUAUGACUCCUAUUUAAGCGAUGGACUGUGCAUACGAACGGAGCGAGCCGGAACGACAUCUAUCGGCGCAACCGCCCGCCAAUCGCUCAUCGGCCACAACCUCUUUUAGAUUAGCCACCAAGCAUCCGGAUGGUCUCGA